UAGACACAUGACAGUAACACAGAGAGGAAGUCUGCGUGUGAUAGACAUGAUACAAAGAGAACCACUUGAAGUAACUGCGACACAGAUAACAGAGCACACAUCUUCACUUCUGCCUCUGACCACAACGACUGAAGCUCACCUCAGCUCUGAGAGAUCAGUCCAGUAACUGCAGUGGACAUUGAUGCCAUCAUGGACAAUGUCAGCAUCAUCCUGUACACACUGACUGUCGUACUCGGCAUCACAGGGAACUCUGUGGUGAUCUGGGUGGCUGGAUUCAAACUUAAGCCAAAGGUCACCAACGUGUGGUUGGUGAAUCUGGCGAUAGCAGACCUGAUCUUCUGCUUUACACGAGUUUUCUCUCUCACUAAGAAGCUCUUCUUUGAGCACUGGCCUUUUGGUCUCUUCGUCUGCAAGUUCAAUGGCUUCUUCAAAUAUGCCAACAUGUUCUGCUCUGUCUUCCUGCUGGCUGUGAUCAGUCUGGAUCGAGUGCUCUGCAUCUGGCAGCCCAUCUUCACAAAGCGUCGACGCACCAUGUGGGUAGCGAGGAUGGUGGCGGUCUGCGUCUGGAUCGCAGCGGUCCUCUUCAGCGUUCCCUACUUCAUCCAUCGCCAAGUCUACCUGGGCAAGAAGAACCUGAGUAAGUGCUCUGUGGAUCCGAAGGAGAAGGCAGAGGGGUACAACAGCACCAAAGCUGCUCUCUACUCCAUCCGCUUCCUGUGUGGCUUCAUAUUUCCCUUCAUGGUGAUUCUGGUCUGUUAUAUCUUGGCCGCUGUAGGAAUCAGACGCACCCGCCUGUCAGGGAAAUCCCGCCCCCUGCGUAUACUCGCAAGUUUGGUCAUUGCCUUCUUCCUGUGUUGGGCACCUUACCAUUGCCUCUUACUGGUGAAGAUGGUGGACAAUAAAAAUGUAGUGGUGAAAAUCUGGUACCCUGUAGCAAAGGGUGUUGCCUACUUUAACAGCUGUGUGAACCCAUUGUUGUACUUCUGCAUGGGGCUAGAUGUGAGGGGGCGAUUCCGGCAGAGUCUGAUGGGUGUUUACAAAAGAGCUCUGGCAGACGAUGUUGAUGGACAGACAACUCACUCCAACGAUCGCUCUUUGGAUGAAACCUCGGUGUCAAAGCACAGCGCUCUCAUAGCGGAGGGAUCAGGUCUGACAGCAAUGGGUGUGGCUAAAGUUUAAGUUUUCCCUCUAUUGAUCCUGAAGCUUGCAGGACAUGUUUCAAACCUAUCACAAUAUCAUCAUUAUAUGAUACAUACACUGGUAAUGAAAUAAAUAGAAAGUCUUCACCUAUGAUUGGAUUGAUCCACAGUGGCUCAAAAAAUAAAAUAAAAAAGGAGCUGUGAGAAGUGUUCGUGUCCACCUUAUUAGCUGGGUUGAUGUAUCACAAGAGAGGAUAAGGACAAAAUGAGUAUAUUAGAUAAAUUAUCAAACUGACACCCCUCCAUGAUAUCAAAGUACUACACGAUUGUGACAUUAUUAUUAUCCACACCAACCUAGGGACUAAAGAACCAGAUUUAAACAGGUAAGUUUGUGUGGAUAAAAUAAUUCAAGAAAACAAAGAAAAAAUAUGUUUAGAUUAGACAAGAGGGCAGCAUACUAAUAAUCAGCUAAUGCUAACAAGCUUGAAUAGCUAGGGUCACACACUGACACAGAAGCCUGUCAGACAAUGCUCAAUGAUAUACAGACGUCUUGGACAGCCUGCUUGUACAGUUACUGCACAGUUUUAUUUUUCAUGUUUGUUUUGUUUGUUCAACAAAGAGAAAAUAGUCUACUGUUGUUUACUGAUAUGGAAUUUUUAUGUUAAUAACUGCAACUUUUUUGUAACUAAAGCCAUAAUUAGCAUCCAACCACCAAACAAAAGGUUGUUUAUUUAUUUUAUCCAUUGAUUAAUAUCAGUAAAGUGUGAAAGUAAGAUGUGAAGGAUAGCUAUCUAAAUUAUGCCAAGUAGUAGAAUGCAGUCUAAUGCAGUCCACUCCUCUUUUGGUCUUUAGGUUUUUCUACAAGCAUAUAAGCAUAAUAGUUCAUCUGUACCUAUACGGUUUUGAGCAGGACUUAUUUGACUCCAGAUGAAAAGUGUACUUAAAAAAAUAAAGAUGGUCACUUUGUACUUGAUUUCUGCAUAGUGGGCAAAAAAUAUUAAAACAACUAAUGUUGUAAUUCAAGUACUGGGACACUCUUUCUUUCACAUUUUCCUUCUCAAACCAGAUUUUAUUUCCUGGUGGUGCAUUUGAAAAAUUCCAAAAUGUGAGCAAGUCAUUUUUGAAAAUAUUUAUUUUUAAGAAAAAGCUAUUGUGUUGUAGAUAUAUUGCAAAGCUGUUUUACAUUUUAUGUUGUUCAAAGUGGGCAGCACGUGAUAUAGUGGUUAGCACUGUGGCCUCACUCACAGGCAAGUGUGGAGUUUGCUUGUUUUUCCUGUGUUUGUGUGGGUUCUCUCUGGGUACUCUGGGUUCCUCCCACAGUCCACAGACAUGCAGAUAGUGGUGUUAGGUUAACUGGUGACUCUAUAUUGCCCAUAGAUGUGAGUGUGUCAGUAGAGCCCUGGAUGUCACAUUUCUGAGUUGUGUUUUUGAACAUGUAAUUGAAGUCACAGAAGAAAAGUGGAACUGUGAUGAAGCAGAGGGAAGUGAGACUACUAAAAGAAAAGCCAGUAAUAGCUUUAGUCAGCUUUAGUCACACUCUGUCUUGUGUAUAGAGGUCAUUCUGAAAGUUAGAUGAAUGGAAACUGUGCAGUGUACCAAGCUGCAUCGUGUGGUUUUUGUUUUUGUUUUUCGUCUUUUUUUUGUUACCAUGAGAAAUGCAUCAAAAGUAUUUCGUCCAUCCUGUGUGUAUCUUACUGCUACUUAAGAGGGAGAGUGGGCUGAGACUUUUAUGGCAGUCAAAUAUUAUGAACAUGGAAUCUAGUUAAUAUCAAUCCAUAGCAACCAGCUUAUAAAACACAGCACCAGAGUAUUUACUCAGCUGCUUACACAUCACUAACUCUGUUUACAAUAAAACCGUUUAUCUGAAACCUGCUGUUCCUUUUGUUUAAUAACAUUUCUGCCAUAAAAAUAUGAUUAAAGCUAAACGGAGUAGCUGCAAUGAUGUGCACGUGGGUUUUUGUAAAUAACUGAAAUAUAACAUAUGACUUUGUAAACAGCACUGUCUAUGGGAUUAUAUUGAUAAAGUUUAAUUUUGAAGUGUCAUUGUGCGAAGGUCUGCAAUAUGUCUGUGCUUUAAGAAACACAGUGUUCAUUAAAAACUGAAAAAAUAAAAUUGCUUUUGUGUUUUAUGUUUAC